GACUGGCUCUGCUUUUGUACUGCAGUUGACAAAACCGCUUCAUGGAUGGAUGUUUAGGAUUCUUGUUUUCUUUAUGAUUGCCGGACAGAAUCAUUGUUGAUAUAUUUUGUCCAUUGGUUCAGCUUUGAAUGUGGAUUAUUUUUCUGGCAGUAACAAUGGGAUACAGCAGAUUCACUCUGCGUUACGGCCUAUCUGUUAUUUUCCUCGCCCUCCACCCCGUCCUUGGAGACGUGAGCUACUCUAUUCCGGAGGAGAUGAAACGUGGAUCUGUGAUUGGAAAUAUCGCGAAGGAUCUGGGACUUGAAUCGGGAAGACUGUCUGCUCGCAAGGCCCGCAUUGAUACCGAGGAUAACAGUGUUACUUACUGCGGUGUGAAUCUCAACACCGGAGAACUGAUCGUACAGGAAAGGAUCGACAGAGAAGGUCUUUGUGCUAAAAGAGCAUCAUGUGUUCUGAAACAGGAACUCGUCCUGGAAAAUCCUUUAGAGGUACACCGUAUUAAUAUCCGCGUUCAAGAUAUCAACGACAAUUCACCUCAAUUUAAAGAGGAGUCUCUUAAGAUUGAAAUUCAAGAAUCGGCAGUCAAGGGUGCGCGUUUUCUUCUAGGGGAGGCACACGAUGCAGAUGUUGGAGAAAAUGCUGUUCAGGGCUACUCUCUUCAGCAGAAUGAUCAUUUUAAAUUAAACAUUGACACGAAAGCAGGUGGGAGGAAGUACUGCGAGUUAGUGUUGGACAAAGAAUUAGACAGAGAGGACAAAAAGGAGCUCCUGUUAUUGCUUACUGCAUUUGAUGGAGGCUCUCCUCGAAGAUCAGGCACUGUAGUCAUACACGUCACUGUGCUGGAUGCUAAUGAUAAUGUACCAGUGUUCAGUCAGACCGUCUAUAAGGCCAGUCUGCCUGAAAACUCUCCUCAGGACACAUUGGUGAUCACAGUGAGCGCAACUGAUGCUGACGAAGGUUCAAAUGGUGAAAUAACAUAUGAAUUUGAUCAUGUUUCAGAUGAAAACAACAAUGUUUUCACUUUACAACCUAAAUCUGGAGAGGUAAGAGUUGCUGGAGUAGUUGAUUAUGAGAGGGAGCUGUCCUACGAAAUGCAAAUUAGCGCGAAAGAUGGUCUUGGACUAGUUUCAUAUGCAACAUUGAUUGUUGAGAUUACGGAUAUAAACGAUAACGCCCCUGUUAUUAAUCUGAAAUCACUGACCAAUCCCGUACCUGAGAACGUGUCACCUGGUACAGAGGUGGGCAUCAUCAACGUGCAGGAUAGAGACUCUGAGAGUAACAGACAGGUCCGCUGCUCCAUUCAGCAAAAUGUCCCUUUUAAGUUGGUUCCUUCUAUUAAAAACUAUUAUUCUCUGGUGAGCACAGGACAGCUGGACCGUGAACUAGUGUCUGAUUAUAACAUUACAAUCACUGCCACUGACGAGGGCUCUCCACCUCUGUCCUCCUCUAAAAGUGUUCAGUUAUCUGUAGCAGACAUCAACGACAACCCACCUGUGUUUGAGGAACAGUCGUACAGCGCAUAUGUGAGUGAGAAUAACAAACCUGGCUCCACUUUAUGUUCCGUCAGUGCUCGAGACCCCGAUUGGAGACAGAACGGUACAGUGAUUUAUUCCCUGUUAGGCGGUGAGGUGAACGGUGCCCCGGUGUCCUCGUAUGUGUCAGUGAACGGAGACACGGGGGUGAUCCACGCUGUGAGGUCGUUUGAUUAUGAACAGUUCAGGAGCUUCAAAGUGCACGUGAUGGCCAGAGACAACGGGUCUCCUCCGCUCAGCAGCAACGUGACCGUGAGUGUGUUCAUAUCGGAUGUGAAUGACAACUCUCCUCAGAUCCUGUACCCCGGGCCGGAGGGCAACUUGUUCAUGACCGAGCUGGUCCCCAAAGCUGCACACGGAGGCUCUCUGGUGUCCAAAGUGAUAGCGGUGGACGCGGACUCCGGACAGAACGCCUGGCUGUCGUAUCAAAUAGUGAAAUCCACUGAUCCUGGCCUUUUCACUAUUGGUGUCCACAGCGGAGAGAUCAGGACCCAGCGUGACAUUUCUGAAUCUGACAGCAUGAAACAGAACCUUAUUGUGUCAGUGAAAGAUAACGGACAGCCCUCUCUGUCUGCCACCUGUUCCAUGUAUUUACUGAUUUCUGAUAACUUGGCUGAGGUGCCAGAACUGAAGGACAUUUCUUAUGAUGAGAAGAACUCCAAACUGACCUCUUAUCUGAUCAUCGCGCUGGUGUGUGUGUCUACGUUUUUCCUGACCUUCAUCAUCAUCAUCCUGGGUGUGAGGUUUUGUCGCAGGAGAAAGCCCAGACUGUUGUUUGACGGAGCAGUGGCCAUCCCCAGUGCUUAUCUCCCUCCUAAUUACGCAGAUGUUGACGGCACAGGAACUUUACGCAGCGCUUACAAUUAUGACGCCUACCUGACAACAGGGUCUCGAACCAGUGACUUUAAGUUUGUGUCAUCUUACAAUGACAACACACUUCCUGCUGACCAGACGCUGAGGAAAAGUCCAUCAGACUUUGCUGAAGUGUUUGGAGACUGUGACGACUCUCCUGAGGUAGGAACAUUAACGAUGGAAUACAGCAGAUUCACUCUGCAUUACGGCCUAGCUGUUAUUUUCCUCGCCCUCCACCCCGUCUUUGGAGACGUGAGCUACUCCAUCCCGGAGGAGAUGAAACGUGGAUCUGUGAUUGGAAAUAUCGCGAAAGAUCUGGGACUUGAAUCGGGAAGACUGUCUGCUCGCAAGGCCCGCAUUGAUACCGAGGAUAACAGUGUGACGUACUGCGGUGUGAAUCUCAACACCGGAGAACUGAUCGUGCAGGAAAGGAUCGACAGGGAAGGUCUUUGUGCUAAAAGAGCAUCAUGUGUCCUGAAACAUGAACUCGUCCUGGAGUAUCCUUUAGAGGUACACCGUAUUAAUAUCCGCGUUCAAGAUAUCAACGACAAUUCACCUCAAUUUAGAGAAGAAUCAAUUAAAUUUGAAAUCCGUGAAUCGACGGAGAGGAGGACACGUUUUCCCCUUGACGAGGCACACGAUGGAGACAUCGGAGAAAAUGCUGUGCAGGGCUAUUCUCUUCAGCAGAAUGAUCAUUUUAAAUUAAAUGUAAACACGAAAGGAGGUGGACGGAAAUAUGGUGAAUUAGUGUUGGACAAAAAAUUGGACAGAGAGGACAAACAAGAGCUCCUGUUAUUGCUUACUGCAUUUGAUGGAGGCUCUCCUCGAAGAUCAGGCACUGUAGUCAUACACGUCACUGUGCUGGAUGCUAAUGAUAAUGUACCAGUGUUCAGUCAGACCGUCUAUAAGGCCAGUCUGCCUGAAAACUCUCCUCUAGACACAUUGGUGAUCACAGUGAGUGCAACUGAUGCAGACGACGGUUUGAAUGGAGAAAUAACUUAUGUAUUUGAUCAUGUUUCAGAUGAAACCCAAGUUUUUUCUCUGGACUCUAAAACCGGAGAGAUCAGAGUUAUUGGAUCUAUUGAUUAUGAAAAAGAGUCAUCAUAUGAAAUGCAGAUCAGCGCCAAAGAUGGACUUGGAUUGGCAUCAUAUGCCACUCUAAUAAUUGAUGUUUUAGACAUCAACGACAACGCCCCAGUGGUAUACCUAAAAUCACUGUCCAAUCCCAUACCUGAGAACGUGUCACCUGGUACAGAGGUGGGCAUCAUUAACGUGCAGGACAGAGACUCUGAGAGUAACAGACAGGUCCGCUGCUCCAUUCAGCAAAAUGUCCCUUUUAAGUUGGUUCCUUCUAUUAAAAACUAUUAUUCUCUGGUGAGCACAGGACAGCUGGACCGUGAACUAGUGUCUAAUUACAACAUCACAAUCACUGCCACUGACGAGGGCUCUCCACCUCUGUCCUCCUCUAAAAGUGUUCAGUUAUCUGUAGCAGACAUCAACGACAACCCACCUGUGUUUGAGGAACAGUCGUACAGCGCAUAUGUGAGUGAGAAUAACAAACCUGGCUCCACGCUAUGUUCCGUUAGUGCUCGAGACCCCGACUGGAGACAGAACGGUACAGUGAUUUAUUCUCUGUUAGGCGGUGAGGUGAACGGUGCCCCGGUGUCCUCGUAUGUGUCAGUGAACGGAGACACGGGGGUGAUCCACGCUGUGAGGUCGUUUGAUUAUGAACAGUUCAGGAGCUUCAAAGUGCACGUGAUGGCCAGAGACAACGGCUCUCCUCCGCUCAGCAGCAACGUGACCGUGAGUGUGUUCAUAUCGGAUGUGAAUGACAACUCUCCUCAGAUCCUGUACCCCGGGCCGGAAGGCAACUCGUUCAUGACCGAGCUGGUCCCCAAAGCUGCACACGGAGGCUCUCUGGUGUCCAAAGUGAUAGCGGUGGACGCCGACUCCGGACAGAACGCCUGGCUGUCGUAUCAAAUAGUGAAAUCCACUGAUCCGGGCCUUUUCACUAUUGGUGUCCACAGCGGAGAGAUCAGGACCCAGCGGGACAUUUCUGAAUCUGACAGCAUGAAACAGAACCUCAUUGUGUCAGUGAAAGAUAACGGACAGCCCUCUCUGUCUGCCACCUGUUCCAUGUAUUUACUGAUUUCUGAUAACUUGGCUGAGGUGCCAGAACUGAAGGACAUUUCUUAUGAUGAGAAGAACUCCAAACUGACCUCUUAUCUGAUCAUAGCGCUGGUGUGUGUGUCUACGUUUUUCCUGACCUUCAUCAUCAUCAUCCUGGGUGUGAGGUUUUGUCGCAGAAGAAAGCCCAGGCUGUUGUUUGACGGAGCAGUGGCCAUCCCCAGUGCUUAUCUCCCUCCUAAUUACGCAGAUGUUGACGGCACAGGAACUUUACGCAGUGCCUACAAUUAUGACGCCUACCUGACAACAGGGUCUCGAACCAGCGACUUUAAGUUUGUGUCAUCUUACAAUGACAACACACUGCCUGCUGACCAGACUCUGAGGAAAAGUCCAUCAGACUUUGCUGAAGUGUUUGGAGACUGCGAUGACUCUCCUGAGGUAGGAACAUGUGCCAAAUACAUUAAGGUCUCUUUUUGUUGUGUCAUGGAAAGUUUCCUUGUCGUGAUGGCUUUCUUGGGACUUGCAUUACAAAGCUGUGCCGUCGGUUUGUUGCUCGUGUCUUUGCAUGCCACCAAUGGAGAUAUUAGCUUUUCUUUUCCGGAGGAGAUGAAACGCGGAUCUGUGAUUGGGAACCUCGCCAAGGAUUUGGGUCUUGAAACGAGCAGAUUAUCCGCUCGAAAGGCCCGCAUUGACACCGAAGAGAGCGACAAACGUUACUGUGACAUCAACCUCCGUAACGGGGAUCUGAUUCUUGCCGAGAGGAUCGACAGAGAGGGCCUUUGUGGAGACAAAGCAUCCUGCGUUUUGAAACAGGAACUCAUGUUAGAGAAUCCGUUAGAACUGCAUCGAAUUAGUCUGCAUGUCCAGGAUAUAAACGAUAACUCUCCUCAGUUUAAUAAAGAAUUGAUCCAAAUAGAUAUAAGAGAGUCGGCUGAUAAGGGAGCUCGUUUUCCAAUAGAAGAAGCUCAUGAUGCAGAUGUAGGCAAAUAUGCAGUUCAGACGUACAGCAUCCAGAAGAAUGAUAAUUUUAUUCUGGGCGUUGGAACAAAUUCUGUGGAACUUGUUCUUAAUCAAGAGCUUGACCGUGAAAAACUAAAAGAAAUGAAUCUACUUCUUACAGCUCUGGAUGGAGGCUCUCCUCAAAGGUCUGGUACUGUAGUUAUUCACGUCACUGUACUGGAUGCUAAUGAUAAUGUACCAGUGUUUAGUCAGGCCGUUUAUAAAGCCAGUGUGCCUGAAAACUCUCCACUGGGUACUGUUAUUCUGACAGUGAGUGCCACUGAUGCAGAUGAGGGAUUAAAUGGAGAUGUUACAUACGAAUUUGGACACAUUUCAGAAGAUAUGAAGUCAAUAUUUACCAUAGAUCGUAAAACAGGUGAAAUUAAAUUGACAACAGCAGUUGAUUUUGAAACUGCAUCCUCGUUUGAACUGCGUGUGACAGCAAAAGAUGGCUUGGGAUUGACCUCAUAUGCCAAAGUCAUAAUAGAUGUGACUGACAUAAACGACAACGCCCCAGUGAUAUAUCUGAAAUCACUGACCAAUCCCAUACCUGAGAACGUGUCACCUGGUACAGAGGUGGGCAUCAUUAACGUGCAGGACAGAGACUCUGAGAGUAACAGACAGGUCCGCUGCUCCAUUCAGCAAAAUGUCCCUUUUAAGUUGGUUCCUUCUAUUAAAAACUAUUAUUCUCUGGUGAGCACAGGACAGCUGGACCGUGAACUAGUGUCUGAUUACAACAUCACAAUCACUGCCACUGACGAGGGCUCUCCACCUCUGUCCUCCUCUAAAAGUGUUCAGUUAUCUGUAGCAGACAUCAACGACAACCCACCUGUGUUUGAGGAACAGUCGUACAGCGCAUAUGUGAGUGAGAAUAACAAACCUGGCUCCACGUUAUGUUCCGUUAGUGCUCGAGACCCCGACUGGAGACAGAACGGUACAGUAAUUUAUUCUCUGUUAGGCGGUGAGGUGAACGGUGCCCCGGUGUCCUCAUAUGUGUCCGUGAACGGAGACACGGGGGUGAUCCACGCUGUGAGGUCGUUUGAUUAUGAACAGUUCAGGAGCUUCAAAGUGCACGUGAUGGCCAGAGACAACGGCUCUCCUCCGCUCAGCAGCAACGUGACCGUGAGUGUGUUCAUAUCGGAUGUGAAUGACAACUCUCCUCAGAUCCUGUACCCCGGGCCAGAGGGCAACUCGUUCAUGACCGAGCUGGUCCCCAAAGCUGCACACGGAGGCUCUCUGGUGUCCAAAGUGAUAGCGGUGGACGCGGACUCCGGACAGAACGCCUGGCUGUCGUAUCACAUAGUGAAAUCCACUGAUCCGGGCCUUUUCACUAUCGGUGUCCACAGCGGAGAGAUCAGGACCCAGCGUGACAUUUCUGAAUCUGACAGCAUGAAACAGAACCUUAUUGUGUCAGUGAAAGAUAACGGACAGCCCUCUCUGUCUGCCACCUGUUCCAUGUAUUUACUGAUUUCUGAUAACUUGGCUGAGGUGCCAGAACUGAAGGACAUUUCUUAUGAUGAGAAGAACUCCAAACUGACCUCUUAUCUGAUCAUCACGCUGGUGUGUGUGUCUACGUUUUUCCUGACCUUCAUCAUCAUCAUCCUGGGUGUGAGGUUUUGUCGCAGGAGAAAGCCCAGACUGUUGUUUGACGGAGCAGUGUCCAUUCCCAGCGCUUAUCUCCCGCCUAAUUACGCGGAUGUUGACGGCACAGGAACUUUACGCAGCGCUUACAAUUAUGACGCCUACCUGACAACAGGGUCUCGAACCAGUGACUUUAAGUUUGUGUCAUCUUACAAUGACAACACACUGCCUGCUGACCAGACUCUGAGGAAAAGUCCAUCAGACUUUGCUGAAGUGUUUGGAGACUGUGAUGACUCUCCUGAGGUAAGAGCGGCAAACGUGUAUUUUUGUUCGAGCUUAAUAAAACAAUUUGUGUUUCGGAUUGAAUUCGUGAUGGCUUUCUUGGGACUUGCAUUACAAAGCUGCGCUGUCGGUUUGCUGCUCGUGUCUUUGCAUGUCACCAAUGGAGAUAUUAGCUUUUCUUUUCCGGAGGAGAUGAAACGCGGAUCUGUGAUUGGGAACCUCGCAAAGGAUUUGGGUCUUGAAACGAGCAGCCUGUCCGCUCGGAAGGCCCGCAUUGACACUGAAGAGAGCGACAAACGUUACUGUGACAUCAACCUCCGUAACGGGGAUCUGAUUCUUGCCGAGAGGAUCGACAGAGAGGGCCUUUGUGGAGACAAAGCAUCCUGCGUUUUGAAACAGGAACUCAUGUUAGAGAAUCCGUUAGAACUGCAUCGAAUUAGUCUGCAUGUCCAGGAUAUAAAUGAUAACUCUCCUCAGUUUAAUAAUGAAUUGAUACAAAUAGAUAUAAGUGAAAACACCGUUAAAGGUGCUCGUUUUCCAAUAGAAGAAGCUCAUGAUGCAGAUGUAGGCAAAUAUGCAGUUCAGACGUACAGCCUCCAGAAGAAUGAUCAUUUUAUUCUGGGCGUUGGAACAAAUUCUGUGGAACUUGUUCUUAAUCAAGAGCUUGACCGUGAAAAACUAAAAGAAAUGAAUCUACUUCUUACAGCUCUGGAUGGAGGCUCUCCUCAAAGGUCUGGUACUGUAGUUAUUCACGUCACUGUGCUGGAUGCUAAUGAUAAUGUACCAGUGUUUAGUCAGGCCGUUUAUAAAGCCAGUGUGCCUGAAAACUCUCCACUGGGUACUGUUAUUCUGACAGUGAGUGCCACUGAUGCAGAUGAGGGAUUAAAUGGAGAUGUUACUUAUGGUUUUGGUCACAUUUCAGAAGAUAUGAAGUCAAUAUUUACCAUAGAUCGUAAAACAGGUGAAAUUAAAUUGACAACAGCAGUUGAUUUUGAAACUGCAUCCUCGUUUGAACUGCGUGUGACAGCAAAAGAUGGCUUGGGAUUGACCUCAUAUGCCAAAGUCAUAAUAGAUGUGACUGACAUAAACGACAACGCCCCAGUGAUAUAUCUGAAAUCACUGACUAAUCCCAUACCUGAGAACGUGUCACCUGGUACAGAGGUGGGCAUCAUCAACGUGCAGGACAGAGACUCUGAGAGAAACAGACAGGUCCGCUGCUCCAUUCAGCAAAAUGUCCCUUUUAAGUUGGUUCCUUCUAUUAAAAACUAUUAUUCUCUGGUGAGCACAGGACACCUGGACCGUGAACUAGUGUCUGAUUACAACAUUACAAUCACUGCCACUGACGAAGGCUCUCCACCUCUGUCCUCCUCUAAAAGUGUUCAGUUAUCUGUAGCAGACAUCAACGACAACCCACCUGUGUUUGAGGAGCAGUCGUACAGCGCAUAUGUGAGUGAGAAUAACAAACCUGGCUCCACGUUAUGUUCCGUUAGUGCGCGAGACCCCGAUUGGAGACAGAACGGUACAGUGAUUUAUUCUCUGUUAGGCGGUGAGGUGAACGGUGCCCCGGUGUCCUCGUACGUGUCGGUGAACGGAGACACGGGGGUGAUCCACGCUGUCAGGUCGUUUGACUAUGAACAGUUCAGGAGCUUCAAAGUGCACGUGAUGGCCAGAGACAACGGCUCUCCUCCACUCAGCAGCAACGUGACCGUGAGUGUGUUCAUAUCGGAUGUGAAUGACAACUCUCCUCAGAUCCUGUACCCCGGGCCGGAGGGCAACUUGUUCAUGACCGAGCUGGUCCCCAAAGCUGCACACGGAGGCUCUCUGGUGUCCAAAGUGAUAGCGGUGGACGCGGACUCCGGACAGAACGCCUGGCUGUCGUACCAAAUAGUGAAAUCCACUGAUCCGGGACUUUUCACUAUUGGUGCCCACAGCGGAGAGAUCAGGACCCAGCGGGACAUUUCUGAAUCUGACAGCAUGAAACAGAACCUCAUUGUGUCAGUGAAAGAUAACGGACAGCCCUCUCUGUCUGCCACCUUUUCCGUGUAUUUACUGAUUUCUGAUAACUUGGCUGAGGUGCCAGAACUGAAGGACAUUUCUUAUGAUGAGAAGAACUCCAAACUGACCUCUUAUCUGAUCAUUGCGCUGGUGUGUGUGUCUACGUUUUUCCUGACCUUCAUCAUCAUCAUCCUGGGUGUGAGGUUUUGUCGCAGGAGAAAGCCCAGACUGUUGUUUGAUGGAGCAGUGGCCAUCCCCAGUGCUUAUCUCCCUCCUAAUUACGCAGAUGUUGACGGCACAGGAACUUUACGCAGCGCUUACAAUUAUGACGCCUACCUGACAACAGGUUCUCGAACCAGUGACUUUAAGUUUGUGUCAUCUUACAAUGACAACACACUGCCUGCUGACCAGACUCUGAGGAAAAGUCCAUCAGACUUUGCUGAAGUGUUUGGAGACUGCGAUGACUCUCCUGAGGUAGGAACUCGUUCCAAAUAGUUUAUUAU